AUGGAAAGACCUCACAUCUCAAAGCCCAUUUGCGCUGGCAUGCUGGAGAGAGACCUUUUAUCUGUAACUGGGUCUUCUGUGGAAAAAGCUUCACCAGAUCUGAUGAGCUUCAGCGGCAUCUAA